AUGAUCCGUGGCCAUGGCCGCGGUCCCGGCUCCCUCGGCUCUCGGUCCGGCGUCUCUUACAUGCCCCCCAUCGACGAGAACGAGGUCGCCUCGACACCUUCACCUAGCCCGCCCAAGACUCCUCUUCGAGUACCGCACAAGUCGCCUCGGCGAGGAAUGCGGACUCACAACGGCGUCACAAAGAUCAACAGCAAUGGCGCCGCAAAGCUCAACGGCGUGCUUCCGCCGCCGUACGUUCCACCUUAUAUACUCUCCGCCGGGUAUUCGCCCCCACACGCGCCGACUCUGCAUCCCCCGCCGCCGAGCUAUAAGGAGGCGCAUGCGGUAAAGGGCAAAAUAGUCGAGGGGGAGUCGCUUGGCGAGGAAGAGGGAGUUGUUCCGCGAGGGCGAAUUUGUGGUGUUGAUAGGAGGAGAGUGUGUUGCUUGAUUGGUGUCGCCGUGGCCGUCAUGGCUAUCAUUGCCAUAGGACUUGGCAUUGGACUGACAAUUGGUCUGAAGGACAAGCGUCAAGACUCAACCGAGGACAACUCUCCAUUGAAGGAUCCCAACUUCCCAGCCGGCUCUUUCUCCUUCAAGGCAAACCUCCAGAAGCCGUUGACAGAGUGUACCUCGAAUCCAUCCACAUGGCGCUGCUACCCCUAUACCGAGGGCGAACCCGCGACCUUUUUCUGGGUCAUCACUUACGUCAACACCCAGUUCUACAAGAUCUCGUCCACCGACAACCCCUUUGCACCCUCCUUCACCAACCUCACCCUUGAGCUCCUGGACGAAAACACGCUUAAGGAGCGUCUUCUCUUCUCCUUCUCCAUGAACAAGACUGUCGUGCCGGACGACCAACUUUCGUCUAGCAACCGUGCUGCGCGGUGUACCUUUGAUGACACGCGCUUUGAGGCCACCUUGUGGACGCACAAGAGCAAAGGCCACGACAAUGACGACGAUACAUCCGAUAAUAGCAAGUUUGUCGCCUGGCCCGGUGACGUCGAGAUUGUUCAGAGCAAAUCCUUCAAAAGCGGAUCGCCAAGAUGCGUGGAUGACGACGGCGACAAGGUGGGCGACGUCAAGUCUCGCUCAGGGGCUUGUGAAUGUCGAUACACCAACUUUGACACGGACUAA